CUUCUGCCGUUGAUCGACUCUGUGUUGUUGAUCCAUGGAUCCUCGCCCCUGGGAGGAGAGUCGUUCGAAACAUGAGUAUAUAUCCGGCAUCAUCCCGCUCUACAUCCUGGAUUCUCAUCAGCAUUCCAUCACGAUCAAAAGUCACAACAUUGCCUUGAUUCGCACAUCUCCCAGCCAUAUCCAGCCUUGAAUCUACUUCAGUCACCAAGAACAACUCCAACAGCCAAAAUGCAUUUCAACCGCGUCGCCUUGUCUUUUGCUGCCGUCGCCUUCGUCAAGGCCGACCUCCAACUCGACAACGAUGACAUUCCCACUCAGUGCCAGGCCGUCUGCCGCCCCAUCUACGACCUCGGCCAGGCCUGUGAGGUCAACGACGACCUCAUCAACAAUGACCUGACCGAGGAUCGUCUUGAGGCCCAGUGCGUCUGCACAAACAACAGCAUCAACGUCUCUCAGUACGCCGCGCUCUGCGCAAGCUGCAUGGACCAGAACGUCCAGGACAGAGAUGACUUGGAUGACAUCAACGACAUCCUGAGAACCUGCGGCUUCGCCAGCACCUCCUACGCCUCCACCGCAUCCUACGCUUCCACUACCCCGUCCGUCUCAGCGGCGCGCCCCACUAACUCGGCCCAACUCACAACCACCAUCACCCCCGGCGCCGUCGGCGGCGGAUCCUCUUCCCCGACUCAGACCUCCGCGUCCGGAUCCGGCAGCAACAACGGCGGCAGCACCACCACCCCGACCACGGCAGGCAGUCAGACUACCCAGACUCCCAAUGCUGCGGGUAUUGUGUCGCCUCAGGGUCUCGGCCUGAUUGGUGCCGCUGCCGUUGGCGCGCUCUUCUUGUAAAUUUGGGGAUGAGGGGGUUUUGAUGAAUAAUUUGGCUUUUUUCACGAACAUCAACAGGAAUGAAAUCUGCGUUACUGGAUCUGGAUUGCAUUUUAGGCGCUAUGGAACAUAUACCUUAGCAUUUACUGUCGUUUCAACUAUUUACCACUCAUAAGGAGUCUGAGUACUGUGUAAUCUCAAAGGUUUCUCGAAUAACAUCGAUCCUUGCAAGUUUUGAGC